CUGCGGACCUCGCUCCUUUUAUUACCUCGCAUCCUCACAUCCGAGGUAAACAUUUUGGGCCUGGUACGAAAUAAACAAUAAACGAUCGCAAUCAAUCUUGCCCUCGAUGCCUCUCUGCGGCGGAAACAAGGUCGUUCAGCGCAAGCUGGUCCUACUAGGAGAUGGCGCUUGCGGCAAAACGAGUCUAUUGAAUGUCUUUACGCGAGGCUUCUUCCCGACCGUUUACGAGCCAACGGUAUUCGAGAACUAUGUCCACGAUAUCUUCGUCGAUAAUAUACAUAUGGAAUUGUCACUCUGGGAUACGGCGGGACAAGAAGAAUUCGAUAGGUUGCGAUCAUUGUCCUACGACGACACGCAGGCGAUAAUGCUAUGCUUCAGCGUUGACAACAAAGGAUCCUUGGAAAACGUCGGUACGAAAUGGAUUGCUGAAAUCAAUGAACACUGUCCUGGCGUCAAGAUUGUGUUGUGCGCAUUGAAGUGUGAUCUGAGGGAAGAGCACGAGAAGGAGGAAGAUGAACCCACCGCUCCCUCAAGACCGAUGAUUCAAUAUAACGAGGGCCUAGAGGUGGCCAGAAAGAUUGGCGCCCUACGAUACCUGGAAUGCUCAGCCAUGCGAAAUCGUGGUGUCAACGAAGCUUUCACAGAAGCAGCCAGAGUCGCCCUCCAAGUAAAACCUGCUCGAUCGAAAGAAGACUCGAAAUGCACAGUCAUGUGAAAGAGCACCACAGCCAAUCUCCGCCCUGGCAGCAUUCGACCACUGCAGACAGUCUGUUUGGGUCGGUGUUAUUCUUUCUGGUUCCUCCAGCCCUUUUCAUCCAUCUGUAAAUACCCUCGCUCAGCCUUGUUUUUGGUCGUCACAUUGCUGUCGGCGAAUUUGCGUUGUUCAGCGAUUUUCUUUGGUUCCAGCCUCGAUUGG